AUGGCGACGGCGCCCCGCGGCGACCGCACCUCGCUCUGACAGCUGAAAUCGUCAACAAAACGGGAAUAAUAAACUCUGUGGUGCCACCAGCGACCAUUCACGCUCAAGUCGAAACGCUGAGAGCACGCGGCUGUCUAAUAUUAGAGCAAUUAUUUCGUAACAUUUCACAGUUUUCGCCCACAUGGACUUGCACGCCGGUUUAUAACACAUAAAUGUUUAUUUCAAAAGACUGCGAAAAAACAAACAAUGAGCAUCAGCCGCAAGUGGAGGGAAUAUGUGGCCGCACUCAGUGCGACGUUAAUCACGGCGGCGGCUGGUACAACUGUCGGAUGGACUUCUCCUAUUCUUCCGAAGUUAUUGGCAGACGACUCUCCCAUUCAAACGUCAAAAGACCAGAGUUCAUGGAUCGCUUCGUUCAUGAUUCUUUGUUCAGCCGUCAGUCCGAUUCCCGCAUCAUACCUCGCAGACAGAAUAGGCACAAAGAAGACGCUCCUUCUCGCAGCCAUUCCCUACAUCAUUGGCUGGAUCCUUGUGAUGUUGGCUAACAAUAUUCCAAUGAUCUACGCCGCGCGCCUUAUCCAAGGCCUUGGAUACGGUAUUGCUUACACGGCAGCACCGAUGUACUUGGGUGAAAUCGCGUCCAAUGAAGUGCGCGGAGCUAUGGCCACACUAAUCACGGUUAUGUCCAAGUUUGGAAUUCUAUCACAAUACUGUAUUGGACCAUACGUAUCGAUGCUUGGGCUGGCCAGUUUCAACAUAGCUAUACCAAUCCUCUUUGUAGUGACAUUUAGCGCUAUGCCUGAAUCGCCUUACUACUAUAUAAAAUCCGGAGACACAAAUAGAGCUGAAAUAUCGUUGAAACAUCUUCGCGGGAGAGAUUAUAUGAACGAAGAAUUAGAAAGCAUGACGCAUUUAGUUAAUGAAAAUAUGAAAGAAAAGGGGCGCUGGAGUGACCUCUUUACCGUCGGUGGUAACCGAAAAGGUCUUAUAAUUUUAUUCGGAAUAUAUUUCACACAACAGUUUUGUGGCAGCACUGCGAUUAUAUCGUACGCUCAACAGAUAUUUGGAGCAGCCGAAGGUGGUUUAGGUGCUGAAGAGUCUUGCAUAUUAUUUGGAACGGUGCAAUUGCUAACAUCGGCUAUAUCUUGUCAACUAGUGGAUAGACUUGGAAGGAAACCACUUCUCAUAGUGUCUUCGUGUGGUGUUGGUCUUGCCAACAUAGUUAUAGGGGCAUAUUUCUUUAUGAAAUUUGAAAGCAACGACCUCGUUGUUGCUCUUAAAUUCAUUCCUAUUGUUGUGAUACCUAUUUUUAUAUUUUCAUACACUAUAGGUUUAGCUACUGUGCCUUUCGCUAUAACUUCAGAGAUAUUCCCCACGAAUAUUAAAUCUAAAGCAACUUGUAUUAUACAAAUAUUCGUGGCUCUGAUGACAUUCGCUGUGACUAAAUUAUAUCAAGUUAUUGCGGAUAAUUUAGGUAAUUAUGUCGCCUUCUGGUGCUUCGGUAUAUUAUCCGUAGGAGGCGUUAUCUUUAUAUUAUUUUUACUCCCUGAAACAAAAGGACAAUCGUUUGCGGCCAUACAGGAAAAGCUGUACUCGAAUGAAAGCGUCGUCUACGAGAAAAAAGAGGAUCAUUCGGGCAGUGUCAGAAUUCUGUGAUAAAGUAGAAAAGAAGUUUACAAAGUACAUAGAUUUAAAAAAUGAAAAUCGUUUGAUUUUCAUUUGUACUUAAUUGUUGUUUGUUAUUGCCGUCCUGUAUUUAUUUUUAUAGUUAUAAUAAUAAUAGUCUUCUUUUCACAUAUAUACCCAGUACUCGAUGUACCUAACAUUGUCAUAGAGUUGUAAACAAGGAUCUCCAUGUUCUAUGAUUGGAAAAUGGUUCAAAUAUGUUAGUCUUCUAAUUUUAGUAAAAAUGUUAAUCAUCUUUCUAUCCCAAAACAAGAACGAGAAUAGUUAAUGUACUAUUAAUAUAUUCUCGAUACGUUUUUGAUGUUAGGAUAAAUAUAAUAGCUAAACCUCUAGUAAAGAUUAAUUAUAUUUUCUUAGAAUUUCCAAUCAUGAUUAUUGAAAAAAAUACAAACAAUUU